AUGCACACAAUUCCAACCAUUCCACCCGAUUCUUCAUCUAGUACCAGCACCUAUACAUCUACACAUGCAAUAUCUAGUAAAGUACUAGAUAAGCUACAAACCUCUGCUGGAGGUUAUUAUGCUGCAAUGCCUAAACUCACACAUCAUGCCGAAUUUUUUGCAGGCAGAUGUGACAGCAACAUGCUUGUUGUCAAAGAUGCCAAUUUUGAUCCUGCAAAUGUCUUCCAUGGACACUUAGCAGAUGUCAAAUUGAACUAUCGACUUACUGCAGUUCUUGACAACCUUUGUGCGUUUGAAAAGCUUGUUCCCAGCAAGAAAGACUACAAAACCUUCAGUGUCAUCUAUGACUCUCUUGGCCAAAGAUCCAUCAAACUCACCCACAAUCUCUUCAAUAUUAAAACAUUCGAUGAUGAAAACCAACAUGACACCACUGAUGCUAGAAGGGUGGAUAGCGAUGACUCAACCAGUGAUGACCUUGGCCCUGAAUUUGACUUUGCAACAUGGCCAGUUGCAGAAUGA